AAAAAAUGAUGAAAUGAACGCCGGCAACGGCUCCUCGAGGGCGCCAGCCUCCGGGAGCCAGAUAUCACCACAACUACCCGACGUACAAACGCAGCAACAACAACAGCAGCAACAACAACAACAGCAGCAGCAUCAACAGCAAGCGCAACAACAGCAGCUACAACAUCAGCAACAACAAUCUGUACAACAAAAUAAUAACACAUACGGCAACUAUCCACCCAUAUACAACUCGGCGGGCGCACAGAAUGGCAUCACGCCACCAAUCGGUCAGUACUCCAUGGGUGAGCCCGAUACAUUGCGCACACUAAAGAAUACAUUUGGCCCGAAUUCGGAAUUUACGACAAGCGGCUACGGCAACUAUAGUAAUAUGGUAACGGCUAAUGGUGGUGGUCUGCAGCAGCAACAACAGAUGGAUAAUAUGAGCGGCAUGGCCGGUGGAUAUGGGCAGAUGAGUGCCAAUCAAAUGCAUGGUGGCAAUGUGCAAAAUCUUUACAUGAAUGGCAACAUCGGCGCAACCGGCAGCGGCAGUCCAAGUGCGACCAAUAUGAAUAGCGCCGGCGGCAUUGGCGGUGGCGCUGGUGCCUCCCAAGUGGCUGGCAAUCCAAAUGUUAACAUGAAUGCCGGCUCCAACAUGCAAAUGGGCCACAUGAAUGCAUACAAUGGCGGCGGUGGCGGCCCCAAUGGCAAUCCCAAUAUAGCGCCAUCUAGGCAUCAAAUGAACCCAAUGAAUCAGAUGCAGAAUAUGAGUAUGGGUGGUGGUCCACAGAUGACGCCACAACAGCAGCAGCAGGCAAUGAGCGGCCUUGGUCCUAUGGCCAAGAUGCAAGGCAUGGCGAACGGUGGUUAUGCGCGACGCAGCACACCAUAUCCCAGCGCACAAAUGCAUGCGGCGCAAAAGCGAGCCAGCUACACCUCGAUGGGUAAUCCCUCGAUGCAGAAUGUUCCUCCGCAAAUGAGCAUGCAACACUAUGGCCAACAGAUGCAUCCGCAAGCGGGUAGCGGUGUGCCAGUACCUAUGCAAGCGGGCGCCUAUGCUCGUGGCGGUCCAAUGGGUGGCUAUGGCAGAGCCAAUGCAAUGGGUCCAGUCGGUAUGGGCCCCGGUGGCAUGGGUCCGGGUGGUAUGGGACCUGGUGGUAUGGGUCCUGGUGGCAUGGGUCCCGGUGGUAUGGGUCCAGGUGGCAUGGGUCCUGGUGGAAUGUGCCCAAGUGUUAUGGGUCCAGGCGGUAUGGGACCUGGCGGUGUGAGUGCAAUGCAACGUGGCAUGCCGCAAGGCCCAGGUGGUUAUAGUGCCGCUAUGGCGCAUCAACAGAAUCAAUACUAUCCAGGCGUAAAUGGUGCUGGUGGUCCUGGCAUGGGUCCGGCUGGUCCGGGCGCCCUAACGAAUACCGGUUCCAUGUACCAGAAUCAAGGUUUCCAGCAAAAUUACCAACACAGCCCAGUUCCUGGUAAUCCGACGCCGCCAUUAACACCUGCCUGCAGCGUUCCAUACAUCAGUCCGAAUCCAGACAUCAAACCAAUUAUGGACAACUGCGAAGAGAUGCGACUGACAUUCCCCGUCCGUGAUGGCAUCAUACUUCCACCGUUCCGGCUGCUGCACAAUCUCUCCGUCAGCAAUCACGUAUUUCACUUGAAGCAGAAUGUCUACAAUACGCUCAUGUGUCGCUCCGAUCUCGAGCUGCAGUUGAAAUGCUUCCACCAAGAUGACCGACAAAUGAACACAAAUUGGCCGCAUACGGUAACAGUAUCUGCCAAUGCUACGCCCCUCACCAUUGAACGCUCCGAGAAGACGGGUCAAGCAUUGCGGCCGCUAUAUCUCAAGGCGGUAUGUCAACCCGGACGCAAUACUCUGCAACUAACCGCUAGUUCCUGCUGUUGUUCCCACUUGUUCGUGCUGCAGCUAGUCCAUCGACCCUCCGUGCGGCAUGUACUCCAGAGUCUGCACAAACGCAACUGCUUACCCGUAGAUCAUUGUGUGGCCAAAAUCAAACGCAACUUCAUGGUCUGCUCAACGACCAACGGCCCACUAGAACCCGGCGCUGGCAACAUGGAAGCGACCAAAUGCACCAAGAUCUCAUUGAAAUGUCCGAUCAUGAAGUCUCGAAUACGCAUGCCUGCGCGAGGACACGAGUGCAAGCAUAUCCAGUGUUUCGAUCUGGAGGCAUAUCUGCUUAUGAAUUGCGAACGUGGCGCCUGGCGGUGCCCAGAAUGCAAUAAACCUGCGCUAACCGAAAGCUUGGAGAUCGAUCAGUAUGUCUGGGCCAUUUUGGAUAAACUCAAUGGCACGGAUGUGGACGAGGUGAUUGUAGAUUCGAGUGGUAAUUGGCGCGCGGCGCAAGGUAUUCAUCAAGGCUCUCCACUCACUGCGAUGUCGGCACAAAUGCCCAGCCCAAUGCCAGGACAGAUGGUUGGUCAAGUGCCCGGCGGACAAAUGCCAGGACAAAUGGGCGGCCAGGCACCUAACCAAAUGGGUGGACAGAUGCCAGGGCAAAUGGGCGCACAGAUGCCCGGUCAAAUGCCAGGUCAGAUGCCAGGACAAAUGGGUCAGAUGGUAGGAGGCCAAAUGCCCGGUCAAAUGCCUAAUCAAAUGCCCGGACAAAUGGGUGCUCAGAUGGUGGGCCAGAUGGCCGGUCAGCUGAGUGGCCCCAAUGUACCCACUAUUAAACAGGAAAACACAUUUGACGAUCAAUCAAAAGUUAUGUCACCAUGGGACAACUCGCAGGCGAUGAGUCCUUACAUGCAACACGACAUGAAUGCGGGCACGCCCAAUGUACCCGGCGCUGGUCAAAUACGCAGUCCUUUUGAUAUGUAUGGCGGUGGUGAUGUUGGCGUUGCCGAUCAGCAUGCAGGUGACACAGCCAAUUCUCUGGACCAGCUUAAUGCCAUGGAGAAAAGCUUAACAGAUCAAAUGCCUCACACGCCGCACACACCAAUGCAUCCGAUGACGCCCGGCGGUCCACCAAGUGUCAGCUCGGCGCAUAACGAGCCAUCGACACCCAAUGCGAAUAUUUCAAACUCCUCACCACAAACACCUGGCACACCCGGUCAAACCGGCGGCCCAGCAUCCAAUCGUGCGAAUGAAUCACACCAACAGCAACAACAUUCACAACAGUCAGUCCAGCAAUCGCAGCAAGAGCAAAUAAUCAAUUCGCUAAUCAACUCACAGCCGAACGGCUUGUCGAAUCUCAACGAAACGGAUUUGAAUGCAGAAUUGAAUAUGGACAACAAUGACGGUUCUGGAGACUUGAAUUUGCUACCGGAUGUUGAUCCCAUGGAAAUUCUGUCGUACUUGGAUCCACAACCCGAUCUGAAUACGCCACCAUCGAGCGGCUCCAGCAACAACAACAACAAUGACGACAUACUAUCGACGUUAUUCGAUUGAGACAAUCUGCUAAAGGAGUUGUUGUAAACGAAAUGUCAAACCGCAACAAUCAACUAACAACAACAAAGCGAGCUCUCUCGUAAAAGCGUUGAGGUGUGAGAACUUGAGCAACACAAACCACCAAUGUGACACGUGUACAUACAUAAAUACAUAAGAUGCAACAGGGUAUCAGAAGAACGGCAUAAGUCAAUAAACCGAGCGGCAGCUCGUCGUAACAUUUCCACUUUCGAAGAAUGUCAAAAGCAUGCCACGGCAUACAGUUAUACAUAUUGUACGACAGUAAUAAACAAUAUUUGGUGUUUCUUCGAGAACAGAGUAUAAUAAAAUGAACAAAUUCAAAGUUUAAAAGUUUAGAGAAGAAAAUGCAUAAAAUUUUUAUGAAAUUGCCAUAAUAUUUAUUUUUUUGUUUAUAAACUUUCAACGAAAAUCAAACUUUACCAAAAUUAAGUAGAAAUGAACUCGCAGUAAUUGCGCUUAGAGCAGAGUUUUAUGAAACAACAAACACACCAACAAGCAACAACAAGCAUAUAGACGAAAAUUACUAAAAUGAAAUAAAAAGUAUAGCAAUUUCUAUGAGAGCUACUUUCGAGCUGUACAUACUUAGUAUUAUUAAUGUUUUAACACACUUGAAGGCAGCAGAAAAGCAAUUGCAAAAAUUAAUAUUCACAAACUUUGCGGUGACAAGUCUAUAGAACCCUUUAGCGCGCUUUUUUGGUAGGCAACCUUGUACAGUGACUGCACCUUUUCGCCAAAAUUUCCCUUAAAAACAAUGUUUGCAUGAAGUUUGUAAAAUUAUGAAAGCUUCAAUAGCUAAAGCUCGAGUAAUGAAAGCUUUCGACGCAUGAAAGCUUCAACAGUGAAAGCUUUCGACACAUGAAAGCUCAAAGCUCACUUUGUCUGCUUAAAAAAGAAACAAUGCUUUGGUGUGAGAAAUUAAAAAAAGAAAUAAUUAAAUUUACAACAAAUACAUGCAUAAAUUAAUGCUAAAAUAAUUCAAAAACAAUGAAAUGUGAUUUUAAACCGUAAAAAAAAACAAAAAAAAAACUACUUCGUUAUAAAUUUUAAAUGUACAAAGUUUCAUGCUUUACAAAUGACGGAUUUACUAAGAAAGAAUUGACAGCGCCUAACAUAAAAAUAGUUACGUUGAGCAGGAAAAUGUUAUUUUACACAAAAGCAACUGUUUUUUUUUUUUAAUGUUUAAAUAUUUUUUUUAUAUACACAUGUAAUUGUUGAACAGUAUAUACAAAUUCGAUUUUUUAUGCGCGUUUUUCCAACAAAAAAUUCGCUUUUAAAUUAUUUUUUACACAAAAUCUUUACGUCUUUGACAUUCAUAUAAAAUGACGAACGGAAAAUAGUGAUGUUUCAUAUAAGAAAUGUGUAAGAAUGUGUUAGGGCAAACAUUUUUCAAUGUUUCCAUUGUACAAAGUAUUAAAAUAAAAUAAAAUUUCAAUAAAGAAAUAAAUAAAAAGUAACUAUUAUUAUAAAAAACAUAUUAAUUUACGUGUAUAUUAUAAAAAAAAUAAAUAAAUUUAAUUAUAAAAUAAUAAAAAAAAUGUGCAGACACUAUGCAAGCAGCAUAACUACACACAUACAUGUGUGUAUACAUGUUUGUAUGUGUGUAUUUAUACAUUUAAAUAAGCUUAAUAACUUUACAUUUAACAAUUUGCUGUGUGUUAGUGUGAGCGCGUGCGAGAAUUGAGCGUGUGUGUUGUAGCGUAGGUGACGAAGCAUAAAUGAAAACAAAAACAAAUAUAAAUUUAAAAAAAUUAAAAUUCAAUUGUUGCAUAAUUUUAAUAAACAUUUUUUUAAUUAAUUGUAGCAUUAAAAAUUAUAUACACACAUACAUGCUUAUAUAAAACAUAACGCAUACAUAUGUAAAUAGUUAUUUAAAACGGUAAAUACGUAGUAAGGAGCACAUCACUAAUAUGUAUGUAUGUGUGUAUCUAUGUAUCUGAUGUAUGCAUCUGUAUAUGUGCGCUACAUCUACAUACAUAUAUACAGACAUACAUACAUAUAUGAUUGCUGAAAUCACAACUCUAUAAGUGUGCGUAUAUACAUACAUAAAUAGUAUGUGCAUAAAUAUAUAUGUAUUUUAGUUUUACUUCAACUCCUAACAAUCAAGCAGAAUUAAAAAUUAUCAUCUAAGCAAACGGAAAAAAAUCAUAAAAUAAAAUAAAAAAUUUUAAAAACCAUAAAAUCCCUACAACAACAAAAAGUAUGCAAAAGAAUAUUGAAUUUAAUUUGUGCUAGACAUUAAGCAGCAGAAAAUCUAACUCUAAUUGAUAAGUUACACAAAUGUAUGUGUGUAAAAAGUAUAAGCAACAUACACAUAUAUAUACAUAUAUAUUUAACCUUAAAAUCGUAGUGACAAAGUAAAACUAUCUGAUAAAACUUAAAUAAUAUGCUUAAAGUAUUUAAAUACAUAUUAUGUGCAUGUAGCUAUACAUACAUACAGCGGUAUUUGAUGAGAACAUAAAUAUUGUAAAUACAUACAUAAAUAAUUUUGCGUGAAAAAAUGAUGGCAU